AGUGUCACUGAUGCGUCUGGACAUUCAGCAGAACUGAGUCUGGAAACAGAGAGAGACCAUUUCGGAGCCAAUUUGUAUUGGGGGCUUCAGCAGGAGAGGCUGUGGAGCUGGGAAUCUCAAUCCAACGAGACGUCAGCUGGUCUAUUGCAACCCGAGAGUCGUUGUGUUUUGAACAUGGAAGGAAAGGGCGCCGCUCACACUGGAGAGAAGCCGUACACAUGUUCGGAGUGCGGUCGAGGCUUCAGCCAGUCGUCCGACCUGUUAAGGCACAAGCGCUGCCACACUGGGGAGAAACCGUACACGUGUCCCGAGUGUGGGCGAGCCUUCAGCCAGUCAUCCGACCUGUCCGAACAUCAGUGCAGUCACACCGGGCAGAAACCGUGGAAGUGCGGGGACUGUGGGAAGGGAUUCAUUUACCCGUCACAGCUGGAGACCCAUCGGCGCAGUCACACCGGCGAGAGGCCGUUCAUCUGCUCCACGUGCGGGAAGGGCUUCACUGAGUCAUCCAACCUGUUCCAACACCAGCGAGUGCACACCGGGGAGAGGCCCUUCAGCUGCUCCGAAUGUGGGAAGGGUUUCACGGUGUCAUCUGAGCUGCUGAGGCACCAGCGGGUCCACACCGGGGAGAGGCCCUUCACCUGCUCCGAAUGUGGGAAGGGUUUCACGGUGUCAUCCGACCUGCUGAGGCACCAGCGGGUCCACACCGGGGAGUGGCCAUUCACCUGCUCUGAAUGUGGGAAGGGUUUCACGGUGUCAUCCCACCUGCUCCAACACCAGCGGGUCCACACCGGGGAGAAGCCAUUCACCUGCUCCACGUGCUGGAAGGGAUUCACUGCCUCUUCCCAACUCCGGACGCACCAGCGGGUCCACACCGGGGAGUGGCUGGUUACCUGCUCGGAGUGCGGCAAGGGCUUCACUCAGUCAUCCCACCUGCUCAAACACCAGCGGGUUCACACCGGGGAGAGGCCAUUCACCUGCUCGGAGUGCGGCAAGGGCUUCACUCAGUCAGCCCACCUCCUCCAGCACCAGCGGGUCCACACCGGGGAGCGGCCGUUCACCUGCUCGGAGUGCGGCAAGGGCUUCACUCAGUCAUCCAACCUGCUCCAACACCAGCGAGUGCACACCAGGGAGAGGCCCUUCACCUGCUCCGAAUGUGGGAAGGGCUUCACUCAGUCAUCCAGCCUGCUCACACACCAGCGAGUCCACACCAGGGAGAAGCCAUUCACCUGCUCCGAAUGUGGGAAGGGUUUCACGGUGUCGUCCGACCUGCUCCAACACCAGCGGGUCCACACCGGGGAGAAGCCAUUCACCUGCUCCACGUGCGGGAAGGGAUUCACUAAGUCAUCCAACCUGCUCAAACACCAGCGGGUCCACACCGGGGAGAAGCCUUUCACCUGCUCGGAGUGCGGCAAGGCCUUCACUCAGUCAUCCCACCUGCUCAAACACCAGCGGGUUCACACCGGGGAGAGGCCCUUCACCUGCUCCGAAUGUGGCAAGGGUUUCACGGUGUCGUCCGACGUGCUGAGGCACCAGCGCGUUCACCAGUAACUGUUGUAGCUCACGCGAAGACUAAAGAUAUCAAUUAGAAACAAUAUGGUGUUACGUGAGAGGACGGACAAUAUCUCAAGGACCGAGCUGUAUUUGUCAAUGUUGGCGUAAUUCCAUUCUGAUGGUGUGAUCAUGGCUUCCUGUUUCAGAACAUGAUUUGGAGGAGCCAGUGUUGCACUGGGGUGUACAAAGUUAAAAAUUACACAACAUCAGUAGUCUAACAGGUUUAUUUGGAAGCACUAGCUUUCAGAGUGCUGCUCCUUCAUCAGGUGGUUGUGGAGUUUAAGAUCAUAAGACAUAGAAUUUAUAGCGAAAUUUUACAGUGUGAUGCAACUGAAAUUUAUUAAAAAAGACCUGGAUUGUUAAGUCUCUCAUCUUUUAGAAUGACCGUGUUGGUUUCAGUUCUUCCAUAUGUAAAGCCCGGAACGUUUUUUUUACAGUUACAUUUUCAAGAGAGCUUUACCAACAGGUGUCAUGCUCAAUUGAACUCGAAAAAUGGUUCAGAAGACCAGGUAAAUGUCCAACAAGUUUAUUUGUAAGCACUAGCUUUUGGAGCACUGCUCCUUUAUCAGGUGGUUGUGGAGUAUGAUGAAGGAGCAGCGCUUCAAAAGCUAGUGCUUACAACAACAUCCACGAGUUCACACUGGUGAAAGGUCAUUCACUUGCUGCAUGUGAGGGAAAGGAUUCACUAAUUCACCAGACCGGUUUGCACACACCAGUGCGCUUAGGGACGAUCUCUUGGUUUUGCAAAUUUAACAAAAGUGCUCGAUGGAUCUGUUGUUCAGUAUCAAUGUGCUCACUUACCAGUGACUGUUCAGGUCCUUUCACUGUGGGAGGGAGUUUAGGUGGUCACUGUAUGCCAGCAAAGUCACACCAGGGUGACACACCAUUUUCAUACUUUUGAGUGUGGGACGGGAUUCACUCAGUCAACCAACCUCCUGGGAUAGCAGAGGGUCCACAAUUAGAGUGUUUGGUUUCCACAGUUUAUCACAUCCAGGACUGAACCAUGUUAAUUGGUUUGCACUGAUGGUAAUAAUACUUCAAACGUGGCUCCAGUUUAGCAUUUUAGGUGAAACUCAACUCAAUCAGACUUGUGUUAAAUGUUGAGUGACUUGGUCUUUUCAGUACAGGUGGUUCUGCCAUCACGUGUGUUUCGCUAUCGUGAAUUCACUUUAACGCGAUUGCCAAACUGGGGACACUGUUUCGAAAGCGCAAACUGUUAAAAGUGUGUGUUGGCUGUCAUGUGAUUACAUGGCCAAAAUUUUAAGUGCUGUUUCUAAGGCGCGAUUUUUCUAUAACCCGGGAUUGCACAAGAACACCACCAUCAUGUUAUAGAAGAACCACCUGUAUAUGUAGCAGUAGUUGGCUGUUUGUUUAUCUGAGCUCAUUGAACACCGGAUAGUUACCACUGGAGAGAAGCAGAUCAGCUGCUCUGAAUUUAUUCGUUCUUUAUCCCUGCCGAGAUGCCAGAUGGAUAGGAUAAAUAGACUGGGGGGUCGGUGAAUCCAGAACGAGAGGUCAUAGGUUUAAGGGUGAGAGGGGAAAGAUAUAUAAAAGAGACGUAAGGGGCAGUACAUGUAUGGAAUGAGCUGCCAGAGGAAGUGGUGGAGGCUGAUACAAUUGCAACAUUUAAGAGGCAUUUGGAUGGAUAUAUGAAUAGGAAGGGUUUGGAGGGAUAUGGGCCUGGUGUUGGCAGGUGGGUCUAGAUUGGGUUGGGAUAUCUGGUCAGCAUGGACGGGUUGGCCCGAAGGGUCUGUUUCCGUGCUGUACAUCUCUAUGACUCUAUUAAUUCUUUUGAGUUCUCAAGACUUUAACCUGGAGGGCAAGUAAAAUACUUCAGACAAUAAAAUGAAAGAAAUGUUUGUUCAAGAACAUCGGUACAGAAUUAUAAGAUACAAUUUUGAAAUUAUACAUUUUGACCAAACUAACUAUGUACUGUAUUACAAGAGGUACACCUCCUUAGAAUCCAACAUUUUUAACGUACAAAUAUCGCUAAAUAUACUUUUUUGUCAAAACUUUCCACCUUGCACUCAUCACAACAAUUCCAGAGGAAAGCCAAUGUUAAUCUUGUUUAGCCUGAGUGGUCAGUACUGAUUUGUGGGCAAGUGUAAUCUGGUUGGUAGAAGGUGUUUGCCAUGCAGGAAACCUCAAGACCGAAAGUUUCAACAAAAAUUGUCUUUGGUCAAUAAUAAUCAUUGUGUGUUACCAAAUGUGUGUUUACAAAAAGGCGAUUCAGUGGGAUCUGAGUAUAUAGGUCAUUAAAUGUGGCAGGACAGCUUCAGAAAGUACUUAAGAAGCUGAACAUAUCAGAGACGUUUUUCAAUAGAGGUAUGGAGGAGAGUCAUAGAAUCAGUAUCGGUGACAGUACAAAGUUACGAAGGGGCAUUGAUAGGUUCGGUGAAUGUGCAAAACUGGCAGACGGGUUUCAUCGUAGGCAGGUGGGAAGUCAUCCAUUUUGGACAAGGAAAAGGAAAGAUCAAGAUAUUUUGUCGAUGGUACGAAGUUAAAUGUUCAGAGAAGUCUGGAGGUUCAGGUGCUUGCAUCUUUGAGAUGACACAAAAGUGCAAACAAUGAUCAAGAUGGCUAAAGGGGCUGGAGUAUAAUUUUGCAGAGAUUGUGCUGCAGCUAUACCAAACCCUGGUUAUAACCUCGGGGUACUGCCAGCAGAGCUUGACACCACUGCUUAGGCCUUUUGGGGAGCACAGUGUAAAUUUACAACAACGAAACCUGGACUUCAGAUGUUAAAGUAUGAGGGCAGAUUAUACAAAUUAGGUCUCUUUUCUCUGUAAUUUAUAAGGUUAGGGGGUGAGUUGUUUGAAGCUUUCAAGAUACUAGAGUAAUAAGAAAAGACAGAGUAGAAUUCUACUGGUUCUACAACGAAGAGGCACAAUCUAAAGUUUGGGCCAGACCAGUCAGGAGAGAUGUUAGGAAGCAGUUCUACACAAGGGGUGAUAGUGAUUAGGAAUUCUCUUCCACAAACACUGGUUGAGACCAGAUCAAUUGAUGAUUUUAAACCGGAGAUGAUACAUUUUUGAGAAGCAACAGCAUGAAUAGAAGAGGGAAUAUGGGCCAAUUGCAGGCAAAUGGGAUUUGCUUAAUUUGUGAAACUGGGUUGGCAUUGGAUGAGUCGAACCAAAGAGUCUGUUUCCAUGCUGUAUAACUCUGAGAUGUUAAGGAAUCUGGUCUGAAUGUAUUUAUUCGGUCCCAGAUCAGCCAUGAACUAAUUGAAUGCCGAAUCUAGCUUGAGGACUGAAAGGCCUUUCCGGUUUCUGUGUUCCCAAGUGAAUGCCCUUAACUCAGGUGUUCAAAAUCAGGAAUGGUCUGGACAGAAUAUAUGGGAAAAAUCUUUACCCAUUGAAAAGGAGGGCACAAAUGUGACAUGAUUACUAAAAUAAUCAAAGGUUAUGGUGAACCCUUUUCAAGUUGACGUAUUGAAAAGGGAAUUAGAUGGUUGUUUAAAAAACUAAGAAUGUGAAAUACUGUGGAAAGGAGAUAAGAUUGAGUCAGAGUUGUACAGCAUGGAAACAAACAUUUGGUCUGACUCAUCCAUGCUGCCCAGAUAUCCCGGAUGAAUCUUGGCCCAUUUGCUAAAAUCUGGCCUAUAUCCCUCAAAGCCUCUCCUAUUCAUAUACUCAUCCAGGUCCCUUUUAAAUGUUAUGAUUUGUAUUAGCCUCCACCGCUUCCUCUGGCAACUCAUUCCAUACACGCGGUACUGUCUGCAUGAAAAGGUUGCCGCUUGGAUGCUUUUUAAAUCUUUCCCCUCUCAUCUUGAUAUGGGUAAUGUAAUUUCUGCAGUUUCACACACUCUCUCUCUCUCACACACUCUCACACACACACUCUCUCUCUCACACACACACUCUCUCACACAC